UCAAUACGUGUUUCCGCCCCACCAAGAAACUUGCAUAACGAGGUUCGUCGAAAAAUCGGUCAGGAUCAGUCGCCCAGAGAUAUUUUGAGAGAGUGAACGUGUUUUACGGAAGAGCAAGUCACUCGACAAAUAAAGAAAAUCAUGCCACGAAGAGGACGUGCAUCAGCUCCGCCGCCACGAACGGUUAGGCCAAUGGCGAGUGUUCCAGCCCGAUCAGCUGCACCGGUGGCACAUCCUCCUGCACAUGCAGCUGCUCCGUCAUCCGUGCCGAUGAUGGCUCAGCCGCAGCAGCCAUCCCUUAUGGGACAGAUGGCUGCAACUGCUGGAGGAGUCGCCAUUGGAUCUGCUGUAGGACAUACCAUCGGUCACGGUCUCACAGGGCUCUUCGGUGGUUCUGGAGAGCCAGCAGCAGCUGCUGCUCCUGCAGCGGCUCCUGCUGCUCAGCAGUACCCUGGAGCUCCGGCACAGCAGGGAGGAGCUUGCUCCUGGGAGAUCAAGCAGUUCCUUGAGUGUGCUCAGAACCAGUCUGAUCUCACUCUAUGCGAGGGCUUCAACGAGGCUCUACGCCAGUGCAAAACUGCUAACCAUAUGUAAACUCAUGGUAGAUCCCUGGAGGAAAAAUUAUUUGUGCUGCACCUGAAGCCAAGGUAGAAGAUGCUUAUUCCGGUAUUAUUUUAUUUUAUAGGGAUGUAUACAUUGUACCGUUGUAAGACAUGAUGAUGAAAAUGUGUUACAUGUAGAUGGAAAUAAAGAAAAAUUAGUUGUUACACCGAU